AUGGUUUUCUACGCAUAUGUCAAACAGAUCACGGACAACGUGACCUAUCGAUACACGAUUACCUUUGAUAGUCGCGAAGUUGCGGACGAGUGGUGGCGUGCCGUGUCCACUUCCACCGUCACUAGUUUCGUUACCAGUGUUCAGCGUGUCAACGCCCAGUUCUACACUCAUAACGUGAACGUGGCAAACGCCGCCAACUCCCUCACCACGACUGGAGUUGCGACUGAUUUCCUCGGCAAGGUGUUUUUCACCUUGGAGAAUGACUUGGGUGGUCGUGGCUUGAGCAUCAUCCCACCGCUCGAACAUUUCGCGGACCACAUCAGCGGAAACUCUUUCUUCAUUCGCUCCAAAGUCGCUCCUUACGACUAUUGGUACUAUCCCACAUCGUCUAACACGACGAACGCGGUCUAUGUUUCGCGCACCGAACGCACUCGCUUCACCGUUAGUCUCACCAGCGGUACUGCAGGGACCGUCAUGAUUGGCUCUGACGAUGUCGUUAUCACGUUGACCACCGCUGGUCUGUCGGUCAACGUCGAUGCCACCACCGCUCAAGUGAUUCUUUCACUUGCUCCUCUGACGGGGUUGACUCUUAGUACCCUUUUGACCAACUUCACCGUUGGGUCUUCCUUGUCUGUGAACGAUGAGACCGUGAAGGAACUUUUCUACACGGUGAAUGGGGAAGAGUGGGAACUCGCUUGA